CGUGCGUUGGCGACAGGCGGUGGCGGCGGCGCCCAUUGGCGGAGGGGCGGGCGCGGGGCGGUGGGACCGGCAGCUGCGCCGCCGCUAUAACAACAAAGGGCUCCGCGGGGGACGCGGAGCAGCGCAGGGCAGGUUUCACGUAAGCUGUUUACAAGUCAUGCCUCUGCAUGUCCCGUACCUAAGCUGAUAAAGCACCUAUGCACUUUAAUCUCAAGUCUAUGCCACUCUGCUAGUACAGCGUGAGCUGUGCCUUGAACCUUGAACAUAAAGACCUACCAGCCAAAGUCUUGUUCCUGCCUUAGUAAUGUUCCAGAGGUUAAAUAACAUGCUCAUGGGAGAGAUUAAUAGCUUGUCCAGCCAAGAGCCAGAGUUCAGUGAGAAAGAAGACGAUGAGUGGAUUCUAGUUGACUUCAUAGCAGACACUUGCACUAAUUGCUCUGUGGAGGAAGCAGACAUUGCUGAAGAAUCAGCCGGAGACAGCUCGCCUGUCUUCUCUUGUUUACCGUCUCCCUUGGAACACUUGCCAGAGACCAGCGAGUCUUGCUUCAUCCAGUUUGAGUCGUGUCCCAUGGAGGAGAGCUGGUUUAUCACCCCACCCCCAUGUUUUACUGCAGGUGGAUUAACCACUAUCAAAGUGGAAACCAGUCCAAUGGAGAACCUCCUGAUAGAGCAUCCCAGCAUGUCUGUGUAUGCUGUCCAUAAUACCUGUCACAGCCUUAAUGAGACUGGAUGUGGAGAGGAGGAGUUUUGCAGCCCAAGUAGUCCCAGACUGGAGGCCCAAAAUGAAAUGGGACAGCGUGUUCACUGCUAUGUCACAGCCCUUGCUACGCGUUCAACUUUUCUGGAAAAAAACAAGAGCUUUCGUCCUACUCACUGGAUAAAAGAACACAAUGAAAGACACUAUCUCAACAGGAACAGUCUCCGUCGCCAAAACCUUACCAGGGAUUGCCACUCUCGGCAAAUCAAGCACAAUGGACUUUUUGUUCACCAGCCUUGCCAGCGUCAGUUCAAUUACUGAUGGCUCUUGUGGUUUUAAUCUAUGGUCUAAUUGUUUUUUAGGUUGCUCUUGUUUUCAUGUGUAGGUAAGUGUGGUCAAUCUGAAGCUGAUCGUCAGUCUCUCAAACGCAAUCGUUAACUAGUGUUGCAUUCAUUUGAAAUGACACAUAAAUCUCCAAACAUCUUGCAGCAAGUCCUAGGCAUUGAUAUUUAACAUCAAUGUCUGGGAAGCCUAUCAGUAUGAUAGUUUGUGCUGGUUUUAUAAACUAUGAUGUAUAGGUGGGUUCUUAGUUGAUAUUUUAAAGUAACUUAACUGAUGUGGAAAUCAGUUACGUUUUGCAUUAAUCAAAGUGGAGUUAGAAAAUUUGAGGUUAGCUGUAUGCUUUAAUGACCAGUACUUGACAGCUUGUGUAUCUGUCUGUAUUCAGCAUUUAUGAUUACUUUCUAACAAGGAAAUACUAUAGCUGCCAGUGGAUAUUAUAUAGCUACGCUGAACUGUUACAAGAAGGACAUCUAAUCUAAAUUGCCUAGUACCUACUUGUGUUAGUGGAGUCUGUGUAGGUGUGUUGGGUACCUAAUAUGGGUAUCAGAAAAGGGUUAAAUGUCCCCCAAUAUUGUUGCAGUAUGAUAUGGCACUGGUGUUACAGAUGUAGUACCUCACAGUGGAGUGGAAGGAAAAGUGGACCUCUGGGUUAAGUGCAGACGCACAACCUAGGGAACUGAACUGGGUUUUACUCGUUGCAGUUCAGGUUCUUACUCCCUUUCUCUAAUUCUUCCUCUUUCUGUCUUCGAAAGAUGUAUUUGCCCUACCCUAUUUCGUUUAGCCUCUGGUCUAGUUGAAGAAAAAAGAUGGUGGAUCGACCGUUCUUUUAAUCCUGUUAGUAGCUGAUUACUCUUUAAAGAAGUCAGGCUGAUGGGAUAGCUAUUUCUGAGCUGCUAACUGCUGUUAUAUUCUCAUAUUUACGGAUUGAGAGUAGCUGAAAAAUAGUUAGGAUGGCUUUAUUAGAAGUCCUCCUGAUCUUUCUCUUUUUCUCUCUCUGUGAAAAUGAAGUCUGAGUUAAUUGUGACUGGAAAUGAAGGGCAGUGCGUGGCAGGGAGAGGAGCGUGCUGAAAACCAGUCUUACAGAACUAAACACAGUGAUAACAGGGUGUGUAAAAAAAAAAAAAAAAAAAAAGAAGAGGUAGGUGGGCAGUUGUUUUUCUCCUAUCCCACUGGGGACAGAAUCAUAUCCAGAAGGACUGGAUAGCAAUUCUGUGGGCCAACAGGGAAGAAAAGCCAUUCAAAACUAACAAAUAGUUUUCUUAAGAACACUGUGCAAGAUGUUUUGGAAGUUGGCAGGCACUUUAAGUUCACCUGUUAUUACACAGCAGCUGCAUGGCGUGCUGAACCCUAGCAGAUCAAUCUGGGAAGUAGAUUAAAUGUCUGUGGAGAUGAGGAAGCAGAAAUCUGCACCGAAAGAAA